CAGUUGAUGUAAUAUAGGCAAGAAAAGGCCGUUUUCUGAAACGAUCUUUGGUUGCGACUUGUGACCUUCUUCUCCGAAAAGUCUCAGUCACAGUCUUUUGCCAUGGCUUCCAUUGUUGGAGCUACUUCGUCUUCUUCCCUAUUCAAACUCCCUCAUAUGCAAUCUCGAUCACCGUCUACGACACCCGCUCUCUCUCACCACUUUUCUCUGUCUAAACCCACCGAAUCCAUACUCCUAAAACCCUAUUUCUCAACUACCUCCUCCAACCUAUUUCGCUACUCUACCUCGUUCUCUCCGUCCACUGGCAACUCCAUUUUCCGCCGGAGAUCGUUUUCAGUCAGGGCUGCCAGGGGGAAAUUCGAGCGAAAGAAGCCUCACCUCAACAUCGGCACGAUCGGCCAUGUCGACCACGGCAAGACCACUCUUACCGCUGCUUUAACCAUGGCUUUGGCCUCCAUGGGAAAUAGUGCUCCGAAGAAGUACGACGAGAUCGACGCCGCGCCGGAGGAGCGAGCUCGAGGGAUCACCAUCAACACCGCCACUGUUGAGUAUGAGACUGAGAGCCGCCACUACGCUCACGUGGAUUGCCCUGGUCACGCUGACUACGUCAAGAACAUGAUCACCGGUGCCGCACAAAUGGAUGGCGCGAUUCUGGUUGUCUCCGGCGCCGACGGGCCUAUGCCGCAGACGAAAGAACACGUCUUGUUGGCUAAGCAAGUUGGGGUUCCUAACAUGGUGGUGUUCUUGAACAAACAGGACCAGGUCGAUGACGCGGAGCUUCUUGAGUUGGUGGAGUUGGAGGUUCGUGAGCUUCUGUCCGCGUAUGAGUUUCCCGGUGAUGAUGUGCCCAUCGUUUCAGGCUCGGCUUUAUUAGCUUUGGAAGCUUUAAUGGCGAACCCGAAGCUUAAUAGAGGAGAUAAUGAAUGGGUUGAUAAGAUUUACGCGUUAAUGGAUGCUGUUGAUAGUUACAUUCCCAUUCCCAAAAGGCAGACCGAAUUGCCAUUCCUCUUGGCUAUUGAGGACGUUUUUACGAUCACGGGUCGUGGAACUGUGGCCACCGGGCGUGUUGAGAGGGGCAAGGUCAAGGUUGGGGAUAGUGUGGAAGUAGUUGGUCUCAGAGAGACUAGAGCCACAACAGUUACAGGGGUUGAAAUGUUUCAGAAGACCCUUGAUGAGGCUAUUGCCGGUGACAAUGUGGGCAUUCUGCUCAGAGGGAUUCAAAAGAUUGAUAUCCAAAGAGGAAUGGUUAUUGCCAAGCCUGGCACCAUUACGCCUCAUACCAAGUUCGAGGCCAUUGUCUAUGUGUUAAAGAAGGAAGAGGGUGGGCGGCAUUCACCUUUUUUCGCUGGAUACAGACCCCAGUUUUACAUGAGGACUACUGAUGUUACUGGGAAAGUUACUGGUAUUAAGAACGACAAGGAUGAAGAGUCCAAGAUGGUCAUGCCUGGAGACCGGAUCAAGAUGGUUGUUGAGCUCAUAAUGCCGGUGGCUUGCGAGCAAGGUAUGAGAUUUGCUAUUAGAGAAGGUGGGAAGACUGUUGGGGCUGGUGUCAUUCAGUCAAUUAUUGAGUGAUAGAACAAGUUUGUCAUUUUGUUUGUUUGUUUGUCUGUUGGAUGAAUCAGCUUUGUGCUCUCUUAGUAUGGUUUAGGUGAGUUAAGUUUUCGCAGAAUUUAGAUGCUACAUUUUUGUUGAUAAGUUUUCUCUUCUCCAUGUUCUUCUUGUAAUAGUUUUGGCCAUGUAGUAUUAGACAUGUAUUCCUUUUUAUUUCUGUAUGCUGGUAAUGAAAAGCUUUUACCAAA